AUGGCUAGAACCAAACAAACUGCUCGUAAAUCAACUGGUGGUAAAGCACCCAGAAAGCAACUUGCUACCAAGGCUGCCAGAAAGUCCGCCCCUACUACAGGUGGUGUGAAAAAACCUCAUCGCUAUAAGCCUGGUACCGUUGCCCUCAGAGAAAUUCGUAGAUACCAAAAAUCUACUGAGCUUUUGAUUCGUAAACUUCCUUUCCAACGUCUUGUUCGUGAAAUCGCUCAAGACUUCAAGACUGAUUUGCGUUUCCAAUCCUCUGCUAUUGGUGCUUUGCAAGAAGCCGCCGAGGCUUACCUUGUUGGACUUUUCGAAGACACCAACCUUGCUGCCAUUCACGGCAGAAGAGUAACCAUUCAACCAAAGGACAUUCAGUUAGCUCGCCGUCUUCGUGGUGAGCGUUCUUAA